GAGGUGUUCGUGCCUUCCUUCGUUCACGUGGAGCCGAGUGAAGGCGGUGGUGGUGGUGCUGUCGAUCCAGUCCCUGUCCAUGGAGUGAUACAGGAGAAGAAGAUUUCCAAUGGCAGCACUGGAGUGCUGCAGCGGCAUGAGCAAACUGGUCACAACUCUUCGGGUGUUAGUGCUAAACCAAAAGUUCUUCCUGUACCAAGAACUGAACCACCGAAGGCUGUGAACGAAUCAACUCAAAGAACAAGUGAAGUUAGCAAUGCUAGAAAGAGACGAGGUGCAAAAGCGGAUGAAGUGGAAAAUGCAAAGGCUUGUCAGCUUGAAUUUGGGAGCUACUGCCUCUGGUCUACAGAACACAAAGUAAUUAUGAAGGAUUCGGUAGUGAAAAGGCUAAAAGACCAACUAUUUGUGGCCCGCUCAUACUAUCCAAGCAUUGCCAAGCUUCAAGGACAGGAGGUACUUACUCAGGAAAUGAAACAAAAUAUACAAGACCAUGAGAGGGUUCUUAGUGCAUCUGCUGUUGACGCUGAUCUACCAUCCUUUAUCAACAAGAAGAUAGAACAGAUGGAGCACACAAUAGCGAGAGCGAAAUCUUGCACUGUGGAAUGUCACAAUGUUGUCAGAAAGCUUCGGCAGAUACUUGAUAUGACUGAUGAUGAAGCUCAUUUUCAUAUGAAGCAGAGUGCAUUCCUCUACAAUCUUGGUGCUCAGACCUUGCCUAAAACUCACCACUGUUUUUCUAUGAGGUUGACAUUGGAAUAUUUCAAAUCCCCUUCAUUGGAUUCAGACAUUUCUCUGACUCGCAAGUUUAAGACCCCAAACCAUAGGCACUAUGUUGUACUAUCUAAGAAUGUCCUUGCAGCUUCUGUUGUCAUCAACUCAACAGUUAUCAGUUCUAAGGAGCCAGGAAACAACGUUUUUCAUAUCCUAACUGAUGCUCAAAACUUUUAUGGCAUGCAAUACUGGUUUGCCAGAAAUUCAUACAAAAAGGCAGCUAUCCAUGUUGUAAACUAUGAAGAAAUGAUUUUAGAGAAGCUACCAAAGUUCAGUCCGCGAGAGCUAUAUUUGUCUGAGGAGUUCCGUGUUUUCAUCAGGGAGCGGCCCACCGAGAAGACAAGAAUGGAAUACUUGUCUUUGUUUAGUCAUUCUCAUUUCUUUAUUCCAGAGAUAUUCAAGGAUCUAAAGAAGGUGGUUGUAUUGGAUGAUGAUGUGGUUAUUCAACGUGAUCUGUCCUUCUUGUGGAAUCUUGAUAUGGGGGACAAGGUAAAUGGUGCUGUUGAAUUUUGUGGUGUAAGACUGGGUCAAGUGAGAAGUCUCCUGGGUAAGACAAAGUAUGAUCCUAAAUCUUGUGCUUGGAUGUCUGGCGUGAAUGUGAUUAAUCUGGAUAAAUGGAGGAAGCAUAAAGUGACAGAGAAUUACCUCAUGCUCCUUAAACAGCAGGUCAAGAACAAUGAUGAGGUAUCUCUGCGAGAAGCUGCCUUUUCUUUAAGCUUGUUGUCUUUUCAACAUCUCAUCUAUCCCCUUGACAAGAAGCUGACUCUGUCUGGACUUGGAUAUGAUUAUGGAAUUGACCCGGAGGUUGCACGGAGUUCUGCGUCGUUGCACUACAAUGGCAAUAUGAAACCUUGGCUUGAGUUAGGCAUACCGGACUACAAAAAGUACUGGAGGAGGUUUCUCACCCGAGAAGACCGAUUCAUGGAUGAGUGCAAUGUAAAUCCGUAGCACACUUGAGUUCGGAAUCAGAACAAUCGAAAACAGACCACGGCAUCCACUGGGCCUCCUAGAUUCUGUCUCUGCUGAGUGGAUGCCUGUAGCUCCUGCUGAG